CUGCCAUCUUGUCUAGUUUAUAGCAUCAGAACAAAAAAAAUAAUAGAUGGCAAUCUCUAGCACAAAUGAUUUUGAGGCCAAAUUUGAGAGAAGUUAUGACAAAAUGAGUGAAUUAAAAGCCUUUGAUGAUACUAAGGCUGGUGUCAAAGGACUUGUUGAUUCUGGAAUCACUAAAGUACCUCAAAUAUUCAUUCUACCUCCAAAAUGCAGGGUUGUAACAUGUGAAACAAAGUUCAUUUUUCCAGUGAUAGACCUCGAAGGCAUCGACGAGGACCCAAUCAAGCAUAAAGAGAUUGUGUACAAAGUUCGUGAUGCAUCAGAGACAUGGGGUUUCUUCCAAGUGGUUAAUCAUGGCAUUCCAACAUCCAUCCUGGACAAGACGUUACAAGGACUGCGGCAGUUUUUUGAGCAAGAUAACGAGGUUAAGAAGCAGUAUUACACUCGAGAUUCUACAAAAAAGGUAUAUUACAAUAGCAAUAUUGAUUUGUAUAGACCUUCGGUUCCAGCUGCAAAUUGGAGGGAUUCCAUUUUCUUUUCAAUGGCUCCUAAUCCUCCCAGACCAGAAGAAUUUCCAAGACAAUGCGGGGAAAUACUAAUGGACUGCUCUAAGCAUGUGAUGGAACUGGGCUGUUCCUUGCUUGGAUUAUUGUCAGAAGGUCUCGGUCUUGAUCGUUGUCAUCUCGAAGAUAUGGGUUGCGCGGAGGGGCUCGCUCUUGUGGGCAAUUACUAUCCACCAUGCCCUCAGCCAGAACUCACCAUAGGCACCAACAGACAUGCUGAUGCUGAUUUUAUCACAGUGCUUCUACAAGAUCAUAUCGGAGGACUCCAAGUUCUUCACCAGAAUCAGUGGAUUGAUGUUCCUCCUACACCUGGUGCUCUUGUGGUCAACAUUGGAGAUCUUUUGCAGCUCAUGUCAAAUGACAAGUACCUAAGUGUUGAGCAUAGAGCAUUGGCAAAUAAAGUUGGAUCAAGAAUGUCAGUCGCAUGUUUCUUCAGUACAUGUACAAUGUCAUCUUCCAAGCUUUAUGGACCAAUUACUGAAUUGUUGUCAGAAGAUAACCCUCCAAAAUAUCGUGCGACCACAGCGAAUGACUACCUUUAUUACUUCCGUAAAAAGGGUCUAGAUGGAACUUCUGCAUUGUUGGAUUACAAGAUCUAAUACUAAUGUAAUAAUUGACUUUACAAUGAGAACUGAAAAUUUAACUUUUGAUGCUUGUUCGGAUGGUCAUUGGCUGUUGUAUUGUAUCGUAUUGUUAUUUCAAAUAUAAUGUGUGGUUUGGUUGCAACUUAAAUAUUGAUAUAUCAAAUGGUUAAAUUCAUCGUCAUGUGAUGAUCAAAAGUCCCAGUCCCAUUUUAUGUAACAGAAAAUUUGGUGUGA